UUGGGGCGGUGAAUGGGAAGCGGAAGCCAUUUGUUUUUUCUCUCUCUCACUCUCUUUCACUCUUUUGCUCCCGUUUCGUGAAUGUGGAAAAAAAAAUCUGUUGACUGCUCAAAAGUCAAACUCGAGGUACGCUAAACAUUGAAUUCGCUAAGGAUCGCACUCCUGCUAAGUUUUAAACUGAAAUGGAAACCUGAUGUGUCUACGUGCGUUUGAGCGCCCUCAGAAGUGACAUCUAUAAGUCGACGAGGAAUGUUAACUCUGAUGUUGGACCUUGCCUCAGUAAAGGGGAAGUGAUCAUUUAAAAAAAAUCAGAAUUGCGAUGGCAAUAUCCGAAUUGUGGGCCAGCAGCUGGAGCAAGGCAGGCCAUACCUAACGAGGUUUAUGCCAUUGUAUUAUGCUGAAAGGGUUACUUUACCACAGAACUGGGAAAUUAGUGGUUAUUGAAUUUGACGGUCACCGACUUUUAAGAAAAGGUUUUUAAUCCUUUAUGCUUUUAUCCCUUUUUAUUGGAGUUGACUGAGGGGCCAUUUUAGACUUUUAAACACAUAUUUAAUGCAUAAAGCAACUUAAAGCAAAAGUGAGAUUGGAUGUUGAAAGGACUUCAUUUCCUGGAAAAAGUAUCCCCAAGUCCAAGUGACAAUUUUUUUCCCCUUUUUUUUAAGAUGGUGUAAUUUUUUCAUCUCAAUCAAAUUCAGUUUGUAGUAACCUAAACCAUUUUUAAUUAUUACAUUAAAAAAGAAGCUGAAUUUUGUUUUGUCAAGAUGGCAUACUCAAUGGAUUUUGCUCAAGAGAUAAUCGCAGGAGAUGCAUUCAUCUGCACAGAGUGUGGCGAAGGCUUUAGGCAGUACACAAAACUAAUUGAACACAUGGCCAUUCAUGGACUUGCUGGCUUGUUUUUUCCUGAUGUUUUAAACAGUAGUAGUAAUGAUAGUAGUAUCAACACAUCCAUUGAGUUUGCUCUCCACGAAAACGGAACACUCACUGUUGUUGAUCGAUCUGUGUUGUCUAAAUUUUCUUUCUUAUUUGGAAAACCUGCAUCCAAGUCAUCAUGGUGCCAAACCCCUAAUCAAGGUGCCUUGACUUCUAAAAUGGCAGAGAAAGAGUGUAACCAGUUUAGAUGUGAAAGAUGUGGGCAAGUGUUCAAAAACCAAAAGAGCUUACAACUGCAUCAGCAAUACCGUGCCCUUGAGCAGGGGUUCAAAUGCACCCUGUGUUGCAAAGUGUUUAAUGACCGGGAGAGCCUGCAAAGCCACCUUCAAAACCAUGCUCAUGAACGGUUUUAUAGUUGUGGAUACUGUGGAAAACGAUUUCUAAGGAAGGAGACCUUAUUGUCACACCAAAAACAGGGGCAUGGAUCUCUUGGUCCCAAAGCUUUGAUAGAGGAAGAUCAAGAAAAUAGAAUAGAUAGGUCUUAUCCUUGCAAAAUUUGCAGUUUGCGUUUCUUUUGGUUAUCUGACUUGCAGAGCCAUCUAAAGAGUCAUUCUCUUGUCAGCCCAAAUGAUGCCAUACGAGAACAGAAAGUACUAGGGGAGGAAGAAAGUAAGACCAAUGGCAGUGAUUCACUUGAUCGGCCAUAUCGUUGUGGCUUGUGUGGGGAGGAUUUCAAUCAAAAGUCAGAAUUAAAAGACCAUCAUGCAUCUCGGCAUCCAGAUACGGAUGAAGUUCAGGACUCUUCAGAUUCACCAGCUAACAUAAAACGGCAGUCUUUUGGCCACACUGGUAAAAUGCAUCAAAUGGUUGCAAAAGCCCAAAUAAGACAAUUUGAUCCACUAAAGUCUAGGAUAAGAGGUAAACCUAGAGGAGCUAACAGAUUACAUUUUGGUGGUAAACUAUACUCCUGCAAACAGUGCCAUUGUACGUUUAUGCACUCAAGCAGUCUCUCUCGUCAUAUGCGUUACCAUAAGGGUACUCUGCAUGCUUGCGUUUAUUGUGGGAAACGCUUUCCUCAAAGAUGUGAUCUCACAAGGCAUGUGGCCAUUCACCACAGUUCAGCACUACUACUAAGAGCUCGUGGGACAGCAAAGACAGAAAGCGAGGAUGAAAACCGUAAACAGGAACCUGUGAAAGCAUCAUCACAAAUAAAAGGUGACAAGGAUAAUGAACAAGAGGCUCUUGAAGAAGAAACUCUGUCAUAUUCUUCUUUGAUGAAGAAAAUGCAUUUGCCAUAUGAUGAGCUGUCAUUGGAUUCUGAAGAGAGGAGAACUUUCAAUCCAAAGAUGAGCUACAAAUGCAAAGAAUGUUGUCGAGUAUUUGGAUUGCUCAGUGUUUACCAGCGACAUGUGAAUUUCCACAAGCGAGAUCCCAGCAAAAUCUUGCUCAGUUGCCCUUGCUGUCCAUGCCGCUUCACAUUCCGCUCUGCUUUGGAUCGCCAUCUUGAGCAACAGCAUAAUGAUGGCUCUGUGAAGGGUGGUACAAAAUCUCCUGAGACUAAUUCCGUUGAUUCCAAAAUUCAACACAAGGUAGUUGAUGCUGAAAAGGCUAAUGCAAAUGCUGAUGAUGCUGAUGUUGGAAUGUUAUCUGAAGGAUUUAUUUAAUGCUGAAUGUGCUUCAAAGAUAUCUCAACAUCAAAAUGCUCAUAUUUGAGUAAAAGUUAAAUUGUAAUUAACACAACUUUAUGCCCAGUUGCAUGAUUCCCACUAUUUUUUUAAGUGAUAUACUUCCGUAGCUUUUAGGUUCUCUGAGGUUCCUCCUUUUUUCUGUUACACUUGUGUAUAAAAUAUUUUAUUUCCUCAAUGUGUUUAGCUUUUUCCCAUUUUCAAAUUCCCAUUUUUUUCUUAUUUAAAAAAGGAAAUUUAAUUUGUGUGCUGACACAAACUAAAAGAACCUUUAAUGGGGGCCUCUCUAAUGAGCAGAAUGUUUAAAAUGACUAAGAAAUGCUAAUGAUACAAUUAGAACAAAGCAAUCAGUUGAACUUUCUUUGCUAAAAAUGGUUCCAAGAGCACAGUUCUGCUUCAGUUCGGGAGAUAUGUACAUUUUAGAUAUACCUUCAUAACUAAUACUCUGUUUUACUGUAUGACUUUUUUCUCACAAAUUAUAAACCUUUUUUUUUUUUUUUUUUUUUUUUUUUUUAUAAACAAAGUUGUAAUUGUUUUUGAACUAGUGGUGAUGCAAAAUUACAUAUUUUGACCAUUCUCUGACAUCAGUAAAAAGAUUUUGUACAAGUCUACUUUAACUUGAUUAAAUAAACAUGAUUGUUUUUGUUGAGGCCUUGCACUUAUUGAAUAUCUUUUUAAUGCCUCAAAGCUG